AAAGCAAUGAAAUGAAUGAAUCAAUAGAUUUGUAAUAAACAGUGAAAAAGCAGUUUUUGAACGACAACUGACUGUCUCUUACUCUUUGAUUACCAUUUGGUCCACAAUUGCCAUCAUUUUUGAUGCAUUUAUCUUGAAAUCACUGAUUAUAGCACACAUUGUGUAUCGUUUCAUAAAUUGAUCACCAAAUUGGUUACAGACAACUACUUGUCGAUCACCGGCAGGUUUAUCGGGUGUAAGAAGUGUUUGGUCUGUGUCUGCCAUCGUUUUUUGAUUAACUUCUUGGGUCUUGUGUUUAUCAAUGGCUCAAUAUAUCACUGACGACAGCGGCAAAUAUAUAGCGUCUUCUCAAAGACCAGACGGCACGUGGAGAAAGCAAAGGAGGGUUAAAGAUGGAUAUGUGCCUCAAGAAGAAGUACCACUUUAUAUGUCAAAAGGCAAGCAAUGGCAACAAGAAAGAGAAAGGGAACCAAUUCCUGGACUUACAAAACACGUGAUUACUAAUCGGGAUAACAAAGUUCGAGCCGAAGGAUUGUUGGUAAGCCCUCCGGUGACACAUAAGUUGGCCACAGGAUUGACUGUUGAUGGAGAGUGGACUACAGUUUCUAACAGUAAAAAGAAGAAAUCUAAGGCCAAACUUGAAUCAGAAGCUCAAGAAUUAACCAAAACAAUGAAUUCUGUAUCAAUUGAUGACAGAAAUAAUGAGAAGAGUGGACCAAACCAUAACAAUAGCCACAAUGUUGUACGCAAUGAGUUUGGACAACCAUUGACCACCGAUCCCGCCAAACGGUUACGUAAUUUAAAGAAAAAAUUAAAAGAAAUCGAGGCUUUAAAAAGUAAACAAAAGGACUCAUUAGAGAGGGAACAGUUGGAUAAGAUAUCGAGAGAAGAAGAAAUUGUUCAACAAAUCAAUGAAUUGCAACAAUUAAUCGAUUGAUUUGAUUAUUGCUUUUUCAAUUGAAACAAAACAAAUCACUACAGAAUGAGUCGCUUUUCUACACAUUUUUAUUACUAUUAAUAUAAAUAAUUGUUUGUGUUUUGCAUGUUAUCUAUCAAAAGAUCAUUUGUUUUUUAAUUUAAUGUUUAAACUACAGUACAGUACUAGUGAUAACAAGAAAUAUUACGGUACGGGACCUGUAAUUGCAGGAUAACAGUAAAUAAUAAUACUGUUUAUUAAUAAAUACCAUCUCAUAUUAUACAUACAUUUAUGUAUACAG